GAUCCUGUUAGAACGCAGCCGCUCAAGGUGGUUCGAUUCAGCCUCGUACCACGUCGGGUGUUUCUCUUGGCUCUUUUAGAUAAGGGAAAAAGUCUCCUCUCUCUCUCUCGCGCUCUUUCUUUCUGUAGUACUCACACCAUCGAGAAGGAUGCAGCCGGUGCAGCCGCGAAACCACCUUCCCGGGCUCUCCCAGGCGGAGGCGGUCAUCUUGUCGGAGAAACUCUAUCACAUUAGCCACGAGGGCUUCUUCUUCUGCUCAAAACAGUGCAUCACCCACUUCGGUGAAGAGUCCAUUCCGUACAACCCUGGUGAGAAGGCGUGCUUUGACCGCUGCAUCAGCAAGGUGCGCAACGGCUUCUACAUGGCGAUUGACAGCAAGAAGGACUUUGAGCAGAAGCUGCGUGACGGCGCCCUGCCUUAUCAGUGGAUGAAGGAUGCCGCCAGCGGCAACCUCUAA